AUGGGCCAGCCAAAGUACCACCAGAUGACUGCACAAUUCAAGCCAAAAGCUGGCGUCGCGCCACAGCGAGAACCAAAUGAUGAACCCCUCGUCCACAAGUACGGCUCUAAUAGCCGUCAAGAGGUCAAUCUCAACAAGGGACUGCUCACAUACAUACUGAAUAUCGAGUUCAGCACUCCAGACAAGGCUGUGGGGAAGCUAUGGAAGAUUCUGGACAAGAUGAAAGUUUUUGACGACUGGGAGGCUCAAGCGGUCUUUGGCAUCAGAACAAAAGACAAUGGAAAAUGCGAUUAUUUCGAUUUUCCGACAUCGCCAGCCUGA